AUGGCACCACCGUCUACACCAUCAGGCGAAGGACCACAGACCCCGCCACCCAUCAGUCCCGGGGGGACUUACUCAAUACAAAGCAUUACUGUAGGCUGCAAGAUCUACAUAAGGCGCCCAGGCGCAGACGGGGAUGUCGAGGAGCGUCUUGCGGAAAUCCUUUCUAUUCGCGACAAACCGAACAAUCCAUACGCGCGACGCGCUAAGGUAGCGAAAGCCGAAGAACAAGAGAAGCCGGAGGAUAAAUGGGAGUUCUUCGUUCAUUGGGACUCCUUCAACAAACGUUUGGACGAGUGGGUCUCUGGGUCUCGUCUUGUACUGUCGCGCGAUCUCGAAUGGCCACGUCCGAAGCAAUCCAAGGAGAAGAAGGCACCUCAUAAGGACAAGGCUCCUGGAAAGGCACGGGGCUUCAACCUACUCAAGAAAGCUACCUCCAACGCGGCCAAGGCCAACUCGCCGACACCAACCCCAGCUCCUGCAACCCCUCGUAUAGCUAGCAGAUUCUCAUCAUCCCCGUCACCUGUACCAUCCUCGCUGAAACGGAAGCGCAUUCCUAUGGACGACGAAGAGGAAGAAGACGGUGAUGAGGAUGCAGACGCGGACGCAGAUGCAGAUGGUGAAGCUGAUGCAGAGGGGGAAAUGGAUAUUGACGGAGACGGAGAGGCCGAAUCACUUGACCUUUCCAAUGUUGUGGCCGAAGAUUCGCAGGAAACCCCCGCAGAUUCCUCCGUGUAUAGCAAGGAGCAGGAGAUUGAGAAGCUUCGCACUUCUGGAUCCAUGACACAGUCAAUUUCCGAGAUCGCGCGGGUGAAGAACCUCAAUCGCCUGCAGAUAGGCAAACACGAGGUUGACGCAUGGUACUUCAGUCCGUACCCCAAGGAAUACGCGCACAUCCCUGUCAUGUAUAUCUGCGAGUUCUGCCUAUGCUACUUCCCUUCACCAAUGAUGCUUACGCGACACCGCAAACACUGCCUACUCCUUCACCCACCGGGCAACGAGAUUUAUCGUCACGAAGAUAUAUCAUUCUACGAGAUCGACGGCAAGAGGCAGUUGACUUGGUGCCGAAACCUUAGUUUGCUAUCAAAAUGUUUUCUAGAUCACAAAACGCUGUAUUACGACGUUACCCCCUUCAUGUAUUAUGUUAUGGCUCAACGGGAUAGUACGGGAUGCCAUAUAAUCGGAUAUUUCUCCAAGGAGAAGGAGUCCGCCGAAAACUAUAACGUCGCAUGCAUCCUCACUCUGCCACAGCAUCAGCGUCACGGAUACGGCAAGUUGCUCAUCGAAUUUUCCUACGAACUCAGCAAGAAAGAGGGCAAGCUCGGCAGUCCGGAAAAACCUCUGAGUGACUUGGGGUUACUUGGAUACCGUGCAUAUUGGGCGGAAACUAUCAUUGAUUUUAUAGUGAAUACGACGGACACGGAGAUUAGCGUUGAUGAUAUUGCGCAGAAGACAUCAAUAACGCAUACAGACGUGAUGAACACGUGCACGACUCUAGGCCUUACCAAAUAUUACAAAGCGCAGCAUAUUAUUUGCAUCGACAGCACGGUGCUCGACAGAUACGAAAAGGCUAAGCAGAAGCGACGACGCAGGAUUCAUCCAGAAUAUAUCAAAUGGAAACCCCCUGUAUUUACUCGAGACCAGCUUCGCUUCGGCUGGUGA